AAGCUUUCUCUCUCUAACUUGAUUUCACUUCUUUCUCAUCUCUCUCCUCACACAUCUCUCUAGUCAAUUCUCUCUCUCACACACACAAUUCUCCGAGCUGCCGUGUACUACCUCCGUCGGCCGGCCGGCGACUCACCGCUCCGAUCAUCUCACCGGGGUUUUAAUCUUCUAAAUCAAGGAUUCUAUAUUGAACAACUGAUUGUAUGAGCCUUGUACUGAAGUCUCGAGUUAGUUUAGGAUGUUGAAAGCUCACGUGGUUACUUCUAGGGAAGGCAUGCCUGAUGCAAUUUCUGUUGACAAGUAUCAGCAAGGGGAGAACCCAGAUGCUGUGUUUCAUGACUCGGUGUCCAACCAAAAGGAAAUCCCUCCCUCUGGAGUACAUGACAAGGAAGAGCAAGGUAACCUGCAACAGAGACAAAAACCAUCUGAAGCAGGGGCAUCACAAGUCAGUCAAGAAGUCAGCAUCGGUCGGGUGGAGUCAGAGAAGUUGCCAAAUAAUCUGAAACCAGUACAAAGCCUUGAUGAUAUAACAGAUGCAUCACAGUCAAACCAAGAUGGAAGCUCUAUAUCUAUGGUGCAUGAGACAGAGCCAGUCAGUUUGCAUCAAGGGCAUAGCUAUGAUAGUGCUAUUCGAACAUCAGAAUCUUGUCAAGAAGGAAGUUCUCUCUCCACAAUACCUGAGUUAGAGUUGGACAAUUCGCUGCCCACACAGAGCCUUGGUACUAUUAUCUUGACCUCGAAAACCGCUGAACAUGGAACGGCUCUUUCUACUGUGCCUGAAAAUGUGCAGGACACAUUGCAGCAAAAUCAGGAUCCUGAUACUUGUCUCUCUGUUUCAAAGUCCGAUCAAGAAAAGUCCAGUUUAUCCAUAAUGCAGGAGAAAGUUCUGGAAAAAUUACCCCUGCGUAGGAACCCUGAUAUCGGGGUACAACCAUUACAGUCUGUUCAAGAAGGGAGUCCUCGUAGUAAACUGCCUGAAAAACCAUCAGAAGAUGGAUAUAAUUGGAGAAAGUAUGGGCAGAAACUUGUCAGAGGAAAUCAAUUCGUUCGGAGUUAUUACAAAUGUACAUUUUUAAGUUGCCCAGCUAAAAAACAAGUGGAACGAACUCAUGAGGGGAAUAUAACUAAUAUUAAUUGCCGGGGUAACCAUGAACAUCCCAAACCUCAACAAAGUCCUCAAACACCUGUGCCACUUCAAGCAAAAAGACCUGAAAAGUCUCCUGUGACCAGAAGUGAAGAUGAAACCACUGACGUUCAUAAGGAGAUUCCUCAUCAGAUUGUGCUGAUAGAAACUCCUAAGCCCUUGCGUGUUCAAGCAAGCGUUGAUGUCAUGGAAAGUUCUGCUUCAAAAUCAAAUAAAACAAAAGACAGGGUUGAUCAGGAUGCUGAUCCGGAGUCUAAAAGACGGAAGAGGGAUAAUUCUACCAGUGACGAUGUUUUGUCUUCAGCUAAUAGGACAAAUGGUGGAACACGGAUUGUAAUCCAGAGUACAAGUCUGGUUGAUAUAGUGAAUGAUGGCUAUCGCUGGCGAAAGUACGGACAAAAAUUAGUGAAAGGCAAUGCAAAUCCAAGGAGUUACUAUAGGUGUUCAAACACUGGUUGUCCUGUUAAGAAACAUGUUGAGAGAGCUUCCCAUGAUUCCAAAGUCGUGAUUACCACAUAUGAGGGGCAACAUGACCAUACAAUGCCUUCUGCACGAACAGUUACUCACAACACAUCAGGAGCUGAUACAAAUGCAAAUCCCCAGAAUGGUGAAGCAAGAUCUGACACAGAAGAAAAGGAAACACCUACAUCUGGUCUUGAAAUGGUGGUUCAUGUUGGUGCAAGUGAAUAAGCACCGGCUUACUUCCGCAACAUAUCCAGAGCUUACAGGAAUCCGCAUAAUAUAAUAAUUUAUGAUAGUUAAUUGACCUAGACAAGAGUACUUGUGCAUUGAGGCACAUUUUAUCUUAGCUUCGUGUUUUAUUUUUCUUUUUUUUGUUUACUGUAUUGGGGUUGAAAAAGAAAAGGGGUGGAAGUUUGUUGACUUAAAUUUAGGUGGGGGAGAUUAGUAAGUUUAUGAUAUUUAUGGUAAUUAAAGGUGUAUGAACCUCUGUUGGUUGUAAAAAUAUUCCAAUGAGGGAUUACUAGUAACUUAAGGGAUUCCUUAGACCUACUUAAAUAACCAUUGUUGCUGUCAGUAUUAAGGGAUUCCUUCGUAUAAUA